AUGACCUCGCAGACGAGACCGCGAGAAAUGACUCCCAGAUCAUCAGAUGCCGCGGAUACCGCAAGUCCAUCCAGACGCUUCACCUGCAAGACAUGCAACAAAAACUAUACCAAGUUAGAGCACCUCACGAGACAUCAAAGAACACGCCAACCUUCCACGCCUGCAUCUAUCCCUGCUUUAAGGACUGUUUGCCCUCCUCCAACAGAACAGAUCGCACAGCAGACCUUUCCAGAAUCCAAUGGAUAUCUGGAACCAGGCACUCUUCUUGACUGGUUGAUGUCUGAUAUGCAUGGGACCCCAGUCGUACCUCUUCCUCUUUUGGAUUUUCCACCCGGGGCAUCAAUUACAAAUGACCUGCUUAACUAUCAGCCGACUGACUUGGAAGUCGGGGCAAAUGAUACCACAGGGGAUACAGCUCUAAACAAAGUAUACAGAAUGAUUGAUGAUCUGUCAAGAAAAUUAAACUCUGAUUUCCAUCGCUCUGGAUUCACCUCGGCAUUUUUGGACUCUUCUUUUCAGGAGUUCUUCACACGGAUCUCUCCAAACUUCCCAGUGAUUCAUAAACCAACUUUCUCACCCCAACGAACCAUUCCGCCUCUUCUGCUCAACAUGGUAGCGUUGGGAUCCUUGUUUGUCUGCGAAAAGGAAGCUAUCGAGAAAGGCGAGAUGAUUUGGCGACUGGGCCAUACGGCUGUUGCCACUUCCUGGCAAACGUUAAUCAAGCUUCGCGGCCCAUGGGACACAUGUGAUGGUAUUCAGCUGGUGCUUGCUGCUCUCCUGGGCCAGACAUAUGCACUGUUGUCAAGUAAUCCCAGUAUCCGAACUACUGCAUCGGUAUUCCAUGGACUGGGAUUUUACUGGGCCAGAUCCUCGGAAUCAAAGAAGAUCGCCCUUUGGAAGACAUGGGCUGCGAACGAGGUCCAGCGCAGAGCCAUUUUAGGGCACUAUAUUCUUGAUGGCCUAAUAUCGCAAGCAUCGGGCUCCCCAACGAGUGCAAAGCAUCUCAUCAAUAGCCUCGGCAUGGCUUGCUCAGAUGCUGCCUUCACUGCUGAGACUGCGGAUGAAUGGAUAGUCAAUAUUCGCUUAGGCUAUUCAAAAACACCAGUUUCUCAAGCAUUCACGCGCAUUUUUGCUUCAAACUACAGUCGAUCUUCCUUGUGCCUCUCUCGAUUAUCACUCUUCGUAAUAAUCGAAGGCCUUCAAUCUCUAAUCGCUGAUCUCCACGAAACAUCCGAUCCUGUAUUCGGUGCUAUCUCAGAGGAUCAAAUCAUUCAAGCAAUGCUAAACAUACACCGACAUAUCGAACCCAGCUCUUCACUCGCUCCACCAUUGGAUCCGUCCGAUAUCCCAGCUCUUAUAAGAUGGCACUCUGUUUUUAUUGAGCUCACCGGGCCAUCGAUAUCGAUUUAUAGUGCUCUUUGCAAUCGCUAUGAGCUUCCACAAGUCAUCGGUGGAAUCCAUGCUAAAAGCAGACACCAAGACUUAGAUCUGAGUCAGUGGGUCAUGAAACCAGAUACCCUCCGCGCUUUCCUACACGCGAUCACGAUCAUUCGACUCCUCGAGAAUCUUCCACUGAGUCAGGUACAUACCAUGCAUAUUCCGACCGCAGUAUUUGCUUCGGCAAUGGUCAUCGCAACUAUAUGUAUUUUCGAUAGAAAUACUAUCGAAGUACCGGAGGACUACAUUUGGCAGAAUGUUUGGGAUAGUCGACGUGCUGCAGAACUGAAUCAUGCGGGAGUACGAGGGGAAAUGCUUGUCUAUAUUGGGUCUCGAGGUUGUGAUACUACAAUGGUUAAUCUUUUGGAGAUGAUGAAUUCUUUACAGGUCAUUUUGAAGACCGUUGCAUCGCAGUGGGGUGUUUCGGCGCAGAUGAGGGAUAUUAUUGCGCGAUUGGCGGUUAUUGCAUAUGAAAGUCAGCCCUCGCAGACGUCUAGUGUCCAACCAUAUACCAUUACUGUAUAA